CCGCACUCGGUCUAUAGCUCGCGGCCCCUCCCUCAGAAACGUCACCGAUGGUGGGUAUAAAGUAUGAGUGAGCGUGGAAAGCGUCUUUAGUGUGUUUGAGGUUGGACUGCAAGAAGACAACAAAGACGCACUGACUCCAUAUAUAUAUUUGCACAAGUGGAUGGAAAGACCCCAAAUGCAAUGGAGCAACUAAACGGCGGUGGAGAGAUCGGGUCCCUGUAAACUACAAAGAAAGGAGAGGGGAAGAGGUGCCUGAAUGAGACAAGGGGGAAUGAAGAGUGUAAUUAAGAGUUUUGUUGAAGAGUCGAGACCUUUUUGCACAAUUGCGCGGAUUCGCUCCCAUGGAAAUGCGCAUUUGGCAAAGAUGACAUAGCACUCGAGAAAAUGGGAUUCCUCCAGGAACAGUACUCACUCGCGACUUCAAUGAAAAGAUAAAAAGGGAUAUUUUUUUCUUCUCCUUCUUCUAAUAUUACUUGACAAGGCUUCGGCUGUGAGCGAACGCAGAUUAAAAUAUGAAUCUGGGCAAAGCACUUGUGUUUUUCCUCCUCUCAAACUGUGUGACAGUGACUUUCUUGCUAUCCACUUGCACCACAGUGGACAUCAAACACAUAAAGAAAAAGAGAGUGGAGGCCGUCCGGGGACAGAUUCUCAGUAAACUCCGAAUGACCAGUCCGCCUCAAACAACAGGUCCAAGUCAAGUACCGUUUCAGGUUCUGGCACUUUAUAACAGCACCAAGGAGCUCAUUGAGGAGCUGGGGAGAGACCGGCAGCAGAGUUGCGGACAGGAUAACACGGAGACAGAGUACUACGCCAAAGAGAUUUACAAGUUCAACAUGAUCAAUGGGCCACAAGAAAACAAUGACCUCCCCAACUGCCCCAGGGGCAUCACCCCCAAGAUAUUCCGCUUCAAUGUGUCGAUCAUGGAGAAGAACGCCACCAACUUAUUCCGGGCUGAGUUUCGAGCCCUGCGGAUCCCCAACCCCAGCGCCAGGAGAAACGAGCAGAGGAUUGAGCUCUACCAGAUCCUCCAGAAAGAUGACCCCAAAGCCAAACAGCGCUACAUUGGGGGCAAGAACGUCCUGACCAAGGGAACGCCUGAGUGGGUCUCCUUUGAUGUUACGGAGACGGUGAGAGAGUGGCUGAUGAAUCGACGGACCAAUCUCGGCCUGGAGAUCAGUGUGCAUUGCCCCUGCCACACCUUCAGGCCUAAUGGCGAUAUAAUUGAGAAUGCCCAUGAGGUACUAGAGGUCAAGUUCAAAGGGAUGGAAGCAGAGUAUGACGAGCAGAGCCGUGUGAAAAGCCAAAAGGAGCAGCUGUACCCCCACCUCAUCCUCAUGAUGCUCCCUCCCCACAGGCUGGAUGCCCAGGCUUCCUCCCGAAGGCGCAAGCGGGCACUUGACACCAAUUACUGCUUCAACAAUUACGAGGAGAACUGCUGCGUGCGACAACUAUAUAUUAAUUUCCGUGAGGAUCUGGGAUGGAGGUGGAUACACCAGCCCGAAGGGUACUAUGCCAACUUCUGCUCUGGUCCCUGUCCUUACCUACGCAGUGCAGACACCACCCACAGCUCGCUGCUGAGCCUGUACAACACCUUGAACCCAGAAGCGUCCGCCUCUCCCUGCUGUGUUCCUCAGGACUUGGAGCCCCUAACCAUCCUCUACUACGUGGGUCGCUCCCCGAAAGUCGAGCAGCUUUCAAACAUGGUCGUCAAGUCCUGCAAGUGCAGCUAAACUUCAAGGUCUUCGAGGGAGGGAAGGGGGGGGGGGGGUGCCCUGUGAGAAGCAAGGCAUGGGAUUUGAUCACUCCCAGCACUGCCCGAAGCGGGUAUGAGGAAUUAAAGCGGGCAAUGUACAGGUUGGCCUCCAUGAGUACCUCUUUCCCAUGCUUUAGCUUUGCCCAAGCUCUUAAAAAACAAACGAAAAAAGAGAUGGAGUCCACUACAGCUAUACUUAGAAGACCUGUCAUACACCACUUCACCAACAGCGCUCUCAAACCCAUCAGACCUCUUGGUAGUUAAUUACUUUUUGACAUCAGUGUUUCUCAUAUUUUUUUGUUUUUCCAGCAUUUUGUACCUCAUGUCCACGACUAUUGGUAAUCAAAGGCCAUUUUCAGUGAAAGAGAAACAGAACAAUAAAUGACUGAUCCAUUCUCAAGGAUGCAUUAAAAAGAGAGAGAGGGAGAGACAGAGAAGGACUCAGAAUGCAGACUAAACUCAGCAUACGCCAAAAGAGAGCAAACACAUCACACGGGACACAUUCAAAAAGUCCGAGCUGGAAACUGACGCUGUGCGCGCCGCGGCUCCCUACACUGUUUGUUUAGGAUUAAAUGCUGUCGAUUAAAAAUGAUCUAAAUGAAAAGACAACAUGCUGGAAACCGAUCGUUAUUUCAAAGUAGUAUUUCCAUGGUUAUGUUUACCUCUAUAAUGCAACAGGACUGGUGAUUCCAGGGAUUGUUUUGUUUUUAAAUGAAGCCUUUUCUGUUGUAUGAGAUGAUGUAAUGUCACUAAGUGAACUUUAAUAGAUCACAAACUGUAAAUGUUUUUCUUAUUACUCUUGGAAACACUUUUUUUUUUUAAUUAAAAAUGUUGGACAGUUCGUUUUUUUCUCCUUUACUGUUGUGGUAUUUAUGUUUUAGUUUACACAUGUUUUAGGGUGUUUUUAUUUCAAAAGGUCAGGGGCUGAAUUUCAAGUGUUCGAACAAAAUGAACAAAAGUGGUUAGAGUCACAGUCAUCGUGUUUUUUAAUGCUUUCCAAGUAUUCAUUUCAAUUUUGUUUGCUACAAACAGCCUCACUGGUCCCAAAAAUACUACAUUUCCAUGCAUAUUGUAAACAGUCAAAGAGAUUAUAACAUGGUACAGCCCAUAUGGAAAAUAAACAAAGAAAAAA